CUCUCUCUCUCAAAAGCAAAAAUCUCUACAAUCAAUCAAAACCUUUUUGUAUCAAUCAAUCAGUCUGUCCAUAUACGGGAAUGGAUCGUGUUAAAGGAAGAGGUUGCAAGUCUUCCAUGCAAAGUGAAGAAGAGAUGACGGACCUGAGGAGAGGUCCAUGGACGGUGGAAGAAGACUUUACCCUUAUCAACUACGUCGCUCAUCACGGUGAAGGUCGCUGGAACUCUGUCGCUCGUUGUGCAGGUCUUAAACGAACCGGAAAGAGCUGCAGAUUAAGAUGGCUGAACUAUCUACGCCCCGAUGUUCGACGUGGAAACAUCACCCUUGAAGAACAACUUCUCAUUCUUGAACUUCAUUCCCGGUGGGGCAAUAGGUGGUCGAAAAUUGCUCAACACUUGCCUGGAAGAACAGAUAAUGAGAUCAAGAACUACUGGAGAACACGAGUCCAAAAGCAUGCCAAACAGCUCAAAUGUGACGUGAACAGCAAACAAUUUAAGGACACCAUGCGUUAUCUUUGGAUGCCAAGGUUGGUAGAAAGAAUUCAGGCAGCUGCCACGGCCAACGGAGUUUCCUCCUCCACCACAACCACCACCACUGCUACCACCAAUUCCACCACCACCACCACCAAUACCCAUCAGUAUUUUACCGAUAACAAUUUCAACAACAACAUGGAUAUUGGUUCAGGCCAAGUAAUAUUGUCACAUCCCAAUAUCGGUGGUAGCUUGGGAAGUGUCCCCGUAAACUCUGGCUUCACGCCGGAGAAUUCUAGCACGGCAGCCUCAUCGGACUCAUUUGGGACACAAGUUUCGCCGGUUUCAGACCUGACUGAUUGUUACAAUUAUCCAGUUACUCAAAGCAAUAAUCAGGAGUAUUUCCCGACUAAUCAGCUCAUCUACGGAGACACUUUAACUAGUCCAACUGGUUACUUUAACCCUGGAUUGGACUUCCAAGCUAUGGAGCCAAACAACCAGUGGAUGGACGGUGGGGAUCUAUUGGACAACCUGUGGAAUGUUGAGGACGUUUUGUUCUUGCAGCAGCAACUCAACAACAAUUAAUGUCUGAAAAAUAAACACAAAUGAAGGGGAAAAUAUCAAAUGUAGAGAGAUCAUUGGGAGAAAUUAAGAUUAAUUUAGUAUACAAAAUAGAAUUUGUGGAGAAGGAUAGGUGCAAAUUGUGGAUUCAUAUGUUUGUUUUUUUAUUUUAUGUUUUGUUUUUUUUUUU